AUGGUGAAAUCGAUCACGGCCAAUCCGCAGGGCGUGUUCUCGGUGGAGGACUACACCGUGUUCGCGAUCAUGCUCGGUAUCUCGACCGCGAUCGGUGUGUAUUUUGGGAUUUUCCAGAAGCGGAAAAACCAAACGACAGAAGAGUAUCUGCUGGGCGGGCGGAAGAUGAAAACGUUUCCGAUUGCGAUAUCGCUGAUUGCAAGUCAGCUGUCUGGCGUUUCGAUUAUGUCGGUCCCAGCGGAAAUGUACUCGUACGGGGCCCAGUACUGGAUCAUCGCACCGACCAUGAUCGUCAUCACGAUGAUCAUCAACUACAUCUUCGUGCCGGUGUUCUACAGCAAUCACAUCACCAACUGCUACCAGUACCUGGAGGAUCGGUUCAGCCCGGCGGUGAAGAAGUUCGUCACGUUCACGUACGUGCUGAACAUCUACCUGAUCCUGCCGAUCUUCAUCUUCAUUCCGGCGCUGGCCUUCUCGCAGGUCACCGGCAUCAACAUCCACCUGAUCAAUGGGAUCGUCUGUGGAGUUUGCAUUUUCUACACGAUGCUCGGUGGCAUCAAGGCGGUCGUGUGGACGGACGUCGUGCAGGGCAUGAUCAUGUUCGUGUCCUGCUUUCUGGUGGUGGUUAUCGGUGUCGCCAAGAUCGGUGGACUGUCGGAGGUGUACGAGCGGGCUAUGGCCGGGGAUCGAUUGGAAAUUUUCGACAUGACGUUAGACGCGACAACCCGCCAGACGUUCUGGACGUCCAGCGUGGGCAAUCUGUUUCUGUGGACCGGGUAUCUUGGGCUGAGUCAGAGCUGCGUGCAGCGAAUAGUGUCCGUACCGAGCAUGCGACAUGCCCGAGCGGCUCUUUGGAUCUUUUGCGUCGGGUUCAUCAUCAUCAUGACGCUGAACUGCUUCACCGGCAUCGUUAUCUUCGCGAAGUAUUUCGACUGCGACCCGAUUAAGGUCGGACUGGUGCAGAAAGCCGACAAGCUGUUGCCGUUUUUCGUGCAGGACGUCGUGGGCAACCUGAAGGGCAUGCCAGGUGUGUUCAUUUCGUGCGUCUUCAGUGCAGGGUUGAGCACAAUGUCCGCCAACUUAAACUCCCUGGCGGGACUCAUCUACGAGGACUACAUUCGACCGUUUAAACUGUUCAAACACACCGACGCGUCAGCGAACAAGACCAUGAAGCUACUGAUCCUCGUGAGCGGCGUGUACUGCAUUGCGAUGGGUUUGAUUGUGGAGCAGUUUGGGCACAUCCUGCAGAUGGUUGUCACGAUUGCCAGCGUGACGCAGGGUGCCGUGAUGGGUAUCUUCUGUCUCGGUAUGCUGUGGCCAUGGGCAAACAAGCACGGUGCCCUCUGGGGUUCGGCAUCGAGCGUGAUUGUGAUGUCUUGGAUCAUAGCGGGUGCCCAGAUGGCGAUCAGCAACAAGGAGAUCACCUAUCCGCCCAAACCAACCAGCGUUGAAGGCUGCUAUGAAUAUGGAUUCAACGUAUCGGCGUCUGAUUUCCCGACACUCGUGGCGCCGCAGGACGAGGCCGAGUUUUCAAUCUACAACAUAUCGUUCGUCUGGUACUCGACCGUCGGCACGUUCAUGGUGUUUUUGGUGGGUAUUCCCGUGAGCUACUUCACCGGGUCUCAGGAUAUGCGCAACUUCCGACCGAAGUUAAUUUCCCCGCUGGUCCACUGGUUGCUGCCGGAGGAAGUGCGUCAAAAUGAAUUUUCUCUUAAACCGGAAAAUGACAAACUUACUGCGGAGCCGAUAAAAGAAUGGACAUUUACCGCUAAUGAAGCAGAGAAGUAUAAAGAUCGGCAUGGAGUGGUAGAACAAACUCUAUAG